UUUAUAAGCGUGCUCCUUCAUCCACCGACGAAGGUGGAUCGUUGACUUGUGAACUAUAGGAAAAACGAGAGUUAGGUACGAGCGAAAAAAGUACAUUGCGUCGUUAUCCGAGCUGACGUGAUUUUCAAUAAUUAUUCUCGCGUAAAUUGCAAAGUAUGAUAUUUAUGUGUACGUGAUAUUUAUUUGUUGAUCUAGUGCAAAUAUCGAAUAAGAAAAAGAGUUUAAUUAAUACGUACUGUUGGAAUUAAUACGCACUAAUUAACGUGAGACUUAGCAAGAGACUGUGGAGAAGAUUUUCCUUUUAAGAUUUCGCUUCUGAAUAUCACAACGAUCUGAUUUUGAACAUGUUGAAUAUUCGAUCAGCUGAGAAUUAGAAACGAAGACAUUCAGAGUAGAUGACAGUCGAGGAACAUCGCACGAGAGAUAAAGAUUUGACGAGAUGAAAUUGUUUGCGCGACCAAAAUGCUUCUCCGAAGCGAUAAGCUUGGUGACAACUGUCAGCUGUCUCUUAGGACUUCGUGUUUUUGAAUAUCCCCGCGGUCAUCCAAGACCUAUACUCAGUUUCAUCUAUCUUUUGUUUCUUUAUGGCAUUUACUGCAGUGGCUCGGUAGGCAUGGAAAAAAAAUACUAUGCAAACGUUAAACUGAUGAAACUGGAAUAUGUUCUGUAUCGAUUAUUGUCGUACAUUAUUAUUAUGUCUGUGAUAGUCAAGAUGUUAUUGGGCUGGUGGCAUACAAAGAAAUUCAAAGUUUGUCACAAAAAGAUUUUUGAGAUCGACGAAACAUUACGACAGCUUGGAUUAUCGGUGAAUUAUAACAGAAUAUAUUAUGCGACAAUCGGAACGAUAAUCAUUUGGAUUACAGGCUCCUUUAUAAUGUGCAUCGUGGUUUUCAUUCACUUACACAUACGUAUAGACUUAUUUAGUUCAAUUUAUGUUAUACUUGUAUAUACAUAUUCGAUGGCUGUCAACUCUAUUAAUAUUUUCGAAUUCUAUAUAUUUGUGAGAUGCUUACAAAUGAAAUUCGAAUUAGUCAACAAACUGUUGUGUAAAAGUGUAAUAAAUUUAUCGAUGAAAAAGAUGAAAUUGGGCAUCUUUGAAAUGAAAGAUUAUACCCAACUUAUGAAUACCGAGAAACGGAAGCAUAUUCCCCUUAUGAAAACGUUAUCUCAAUGGCGUCAGCAAGUGCAGUCUCGCAGAAGAAAUAUUUCGAUAUUAGAGAAGCAAAAUCCGGUUGUAUCUCACAUUCAAUCUCAAUUCGAAAAACAAUCAAAAAAUCAAUUUAGGAAGCAUCCCACGAUGACAAGAUGUCAAGAACGUAAAUAUCUGUUACAAAUAAUCAAACAGGUGCAUCUAGAAUUAUGUAAAGUAUCGAAAAUAAUAUGCACUAUUCUCGGAGUGCAGACUGCUUGGGAAAUAGCAGUAAUUACUAUGUUUCUCACUGGUGCUCUUUAUAAUUUAUACGUUCGAUACAUAAUGCAACAACAUAAAGUCAAAGGUUUAGCAACGCAAACCUCUAUGACGUUGGCAUUGUCUUUUCUUUAUAUUGUGAAAGCCGUUUCUUUAAAUUACGUUUGCAAAAAUGCGGCCGAAGAGGGAAAUAAAACUAUUGAAAUUAUUCACGCGAUUUAUGGAUGCGACGCAGACAUCGAUAUGCAGGAAGAGAUUCAACAAUUUGGUAUUCAAAUUUUGCAAAGUCCGGUGAUAUUCACCGCGUUUGGGCUUACUUUGAAUCAUCGUGUCUUAAACAUGAUUUUUAAAACUGUAACUAUUUACAUGGUUAUCAUGCUACAAGUGAGCAACUCGCUAGAAUCAAAUAAUGCUAUAGACUUUACACAUUCGACGAAGGCGAAGGGCGCCAUCGUUUGUUGUUAUCGUCGAAAUCAGCGAGGGGUAGAUCCCCGAUCAUCCACGAAGAUGUUCGAGCCGAAAACCUUGCAAGAGAUGACCAUGCCACUUUUAGUGGCGAAUAUCAUAGUCGGUAUGGGAUUUUGGACCAGCAAGAGAGGCAGGCUUCUAAACAUCGUGUACUCGGUGAUCUGCCUGGUGACUUACUGCUCUCUAAUGAAGCUGUCGAUGACAUAUUUUAAUGACUAUUAUCGCCACAAAGCGAACAAGCUCGGCAACAUGACGUUCCAAGCGAUCUUCUACGCCAACAUCUGCAUGACGGUGUGCCUCAUCCCUUGCGGCUGGUUGAGGAGAAAGCAUAUGAAGGCAGCAAUGAUGCGUAUUCUAAUGUGUGAGAAAACUAUGGAGCAAAUGGGAUUACAGAGAAACUAUCGAAAAUUGUAUCUGAAUCAGCUUUACGCUCUCAUAUUCGUCGUUGUGAUAUUCAUCACAUUCAUAGUCGUCAAUUACGACGGAAUGUUCAUGGAAAAUACGCCCGUGCAUAUUAGACUUAUCCUUAUAGGCGCCGGAACUUAUCCCAUUAUUUUACUCUACGUGAGCGACGUAUCGUUCUUGCACUGGGUCAGAUACUCCAAGAUACGAUUUGAGCAGCUGAACAAUCUGCUGCAAGGCAUGCUAACAACCACGCCUGAUUCGCCUCAGCACAAGAGGGUGCUGAAAAUGAAGGACGAGUGGAACAAGACUUUUAUUGCAUCCGCGACGCAGCAAGAUCGUAGGACCAAGGACAAUACCGACACUAUGAGGGCCGUGAAGCAAGUUCAUUUAGAAUUAAUCAAAUCAACCAGGAGUACGAAUGAAGCUUAUGGCAUACAGAUACUUCUUUCCAUGACGAUAUCGUUUGUAUUUAUCACUAGUCUGCUGUACUACGCUUACUCAAUUUUUUCGUUAAAUCUUAGCAGAGAAGUAUUUCGACAAGAAAUGAUACCGGUUGUUGGUUGGAUUCUGUUUUAUUCAUCGAAAGUCCUCGUCAUAAAUCAUAUGUGCGCCAUGGCGAGCAUUGAGGCUGCGAACACAGGAGAUAUAAUCUGUGAGUUGUACGAGCCAUCGACCAGCAAAGAAUUUCGUGCAGAGAUACGGGACUUCACUCUGCAGUUGAUACAGAACCCGUUAAUCUUCACGGCGUGCGGAUUCUUCAAUCUAGAUCACACAUUUAUUCACGGGGUUAUUGGCUCGGUCACCACGUACCUUGUGAUUCUCAUCCAAGUCGGAGAUUUGGAACCAAAGUCAACAAAUUCUACAAGAUACAACGGAACAAAUUUGACUAUGACCGAUAUGUUUACGACCGCUUCUUAUCCAUAAGGGCAAAUUUCGCGCAUUUUUUAUUUUUCCAUUAUUUCGUAUAAAUUUUUUGAAGAUUUGAUGAAGUAUGCAUGAUCGUGAAUUUAUGAGUGCAUAUACUUUGUGUGCGUUUGCGUGAUGCAGAGACGAAAUAAAGUUAAUUUUUUUUUUUAUUGGGCUGUACCUUUCAUAUACUAAUAUAAUAAUAUAUUUGAACACAUUAAAAUAUAAUUUAUUUAUAUAUAAAAAAGCAAAAAUAUAACUAACCCGUUACAAUCCAUGCAGCAAAAUAUAUCUGAGAUAUAAUCAGAUAUCUUUGUGUUUACAAUUUUAAAUCAAUUUUAAAAUAUAUUAUUGUCAAAUAUUCAUAAAAUAUUUAUAAGACAUCAUUACUUGAUAUCACGUAUUAUCUGUAAAAGAAUAUCUCUGCAACAUUUUCAUAUAAUAUGGUCGGUAUUAACAGUUUUAAACUAGUUUAAAUACUUUUAAAUUAGUUAUCUCAGAAAUAUUCUUAAGAUACUUGAUAAUGCAACAGAUAUUCUGACAUAUAAAUAUUUUCAAGAUAUCUCUGUGAUACAUUUUGCUUUAUAGGAUUUAAAUAACAAAAAAUUGUUAUUACUUGUUUUAUAUAAUAACAAUUUAGCAAUAACGUAAAAUUUUUUAUAAUAGUAAUGAUAACGAUCUAUUUGUUAAAUGUUAUUUCUUCAACCUUGGCUGUA